AUGACCUUGACAAGGAUUCUCAUAGACUCGGCAUCACAUCAACUGGUACAGGAUGAGGUUUAUUACAGCCUAUUUACGCAUGCAAGGGAUAUUCAGUUCGAUGAAAUGUUAGCAUUUAACUUGAAUGCGCUUCUGACACUAGAGCCUCCUCUAUUGCAAGAGAAGCUCGCCUCCGUCCAAAGACUUGUUCCCAAAAAUACAACGAUCAAUUGUGACUUUGGACUAAAAACUCAGCCUUCCGGCAUUCAAUUUCAGUCCACGACACCGUUCUCCUCGCGACAUCAAGAUACUAUUCGUGAUGGGACACUGUCAAAUGAUAUUCACUCCGCCCAGAACAUCCCCUCCGUCGAAGCAGAUCCGAACACGAACAACACCGAUUAUCAUAUGGAGCAGGUUGAUGCCCAGGACUCUGAAAAUAGUCCUUGGUCCACGGUAGAUACCAUGCCUGACUUGGCACACAUGGGCGACGAUCAAACCCUUGACAGCUACCUAGAUUUUCAAGGCUUUGAUUGCUCCACUGCCAUAGGGAACACUGAUCACGACAGACAAUCUUGCUCCAGCUUGGCAGCAUCAACUUUGAUCGGCCAGUCAUCACUUACCGUCUCAUCUAGGGAAUCCUACUCGCCUAGCCAUAACAUGGGAGAGUGCAUGCCGGCUGAUAACCAUCUGAGGGAUGCCCCUGGGAUGGAGUCCUAUCCUACUCCUGUGUCAAACCCCUCAUAUACCCCAAAGUCAGCGAAUCGUGCACUGACAAAGCCCCGCAAAACUACACGAGCAGGUGGAAACCGGCCAGCGUCAACACUCGCCGUCUCGACAGGGGUUGAUCUUUCACCCCUCAGUGAAGCUGACUCCGUGCGUUUAGGUCUACUCAGGUCUCUGAUACUUAAGUCUCACGAAGUGGAUCCUAAACGCGGGACCCGUCGAUCCUUCAAUGAUGAGGAUUUGCGUGAGAUUUAUAGACUAGGUGACAGGAUAAUCAACGAGACGGCUCGUGUUUUGAAUGACUGGAGUGAGUGGUCGUCACGAGAGUUCCAACCACCUAACGCUGUGCUUUCUCCAUGCCACGAUCUUUCGCCAGUGGAGAUAUGUGCAGUUGCCUUCCGAUUUUUGAUGGAGACACACAAUGGCAUUCAUCGCAAAUCAAUACAUCGUCGUCUAGCACAAAUUCUCCUUGACAACUUUGUUGCGGAAGUGGAACAAGAGAUCACUACGAGAGAAGGCCAAGGUGUCUUCAUCCGUUAUGACGGUGGCACAGGCCGUAAAUCAGUAACCGUUGCCCAUGAUCUGACCAUAGCAAAGGUGGGCAUCUCCGAAAAGAAUGGCAAAAAAUGUAACCGAGAGGAAAUCGGGAAAGAAAAAAGUCCCGGCAGGCGAUGGUGGAGACUAGGAAGUGGUAUUGGAGUCGUUACUGUCCUCACCUGUCCAUCCGACUUUAAUACUCUCAUAUCAUUCUCGGAUGAUUCUUUAAAGCUCUUGGUCAGUUACGUGAGACACGCGUAUCCCAACGCUGUAGCUCAUUUCCAGUCACUUGACCCCGUUAUUCAAGCCCUUUUCGCUAAUACGUCGCUGAUCAUAAAUGCUUCUGCCGGCCUCGAUCCUUUGUAUUCACGAUUUAAUCCUAUUUCUGAAGAAGUUCGGUGGUUUGAUACCAUUGAAGCAAUGGCCGCCUCAACGAGACAGCUCCUGCGCAUCUUCAGGCAGAACUAA